AUGGCUUCUCUGUUCCCUGGGUCAUCCUACCCGGGAACCACUGCUUUCCCCACCUACGGCACCGAUCAUGGCCGCCGCAGAUCAUCCUCUCGUACCCCUUCGCACUCCCCGCCCCCAACGCGCGAUGGACCGUCCAAGCCCGACAAGUCUCCUGCCAACUCGGACGACUCCAUGGUAUGGGACCUAUCCGAACUCUCCUUCGUAUACGAGCGCAACUCGCGCGGCGAGAUCGUGCGCGUCUCCAAGGGGUCCUCGAAGGGUUCGAUCCCGCCAACGCCGACCGAUUCCCCGCCCAAAGCCCCCUCUCCACUCCCCGCUCUAGCUGCGUACUCCCGCCCCGCGCCUCUCGCCCGCUCAGAGUCCCUUCCACAAGAGUCCAUGUACAACCCGCGUCAAUUCCAACGUGUUGCAUCAGGGCCCGUGUCGAGCACGCCCGCAGGUAUGGCGCGCGGCUACUCCGCGCUCGCGACCACGAACCAAGGCACGGGUCGGAAAUUGGGCGGUCCGCGACGCGUCCGAUUGGAGGACCUCCCUGAAAGCGAAGUGAAGCCGUACGCGCAGACAGGGAUCGGCGGGGUGGAUGAGAAGGAGAACCUGCGGGCGGCACGUAUGGUUCGCCCGGCGCGAUCGGUCAUCGGUAAGUCGCUUGGGUUCGACAGGAUCGCAGAGACAAGCGAAGAGCCGGAACCGCCUGCCGCACCACCUGUUCCCGACCACCACGCGAUUCGUCCACGACGCUCUGCGAGCCUCAGCGACGCCCCUCCGCCGAUGGAGCCCAUCGUGCAGGAACGUCCGAUGACGCAUCUGCGGCCUGGCACGUCACUAGGUGCACGACGGGUCACGCUUGAAGAGAAGAUUCGACAGGAACGUGAGAUUGCGCUGGAAGAAGGGUAUGCACGGCGCGAGGCAGAGGAAGCCGCCGCGGCAGCAGCAGCGGCAGGACGCGCCUAUGCACCCUCGCCUCCGCACGGACAGCUCCCACAGCAUGCGCAUCUGCGGCACCAACGAAGAGACUCUGAUACCGUCCGCCGUGGUGACGCUGGCUCGCCGACUGCAGUUGAGGGCGCGCCUUUGCGGCACCGACGGAGCCCGACUGCCCCAGAACCUCCAAUGAAGCAGUCGCAGUGGAAAACAGAGCCUGAACAGCCGCACCAGCAGCUGCAACAUCAGUACCAGCAACAGCAGCAGGCGCAGACGCAACCCAUGCAAGCACCACCCGCGAAGGCGCCCCCAGCGCUGCCCCUCGGAGCCUCCGGGCGGCAUCUUUUCGUGAACAAGAAGCCAUAUGCGCGGCUGGACAUGAUCGGGAAGGGCGGCUCGUCGCGCGUGUUCCGGGUGAUGAACGCACAGAACGAGAUCUACGCGGUGAAGCACGUACGGCUAGACAAGGUCGACGCAGAGACGAUGGCGGGGUACAUGAACGAGAUCGGGCUGCUGAAACGCCUCGAGGGCAACGCGCGGAUUAUCAGGCUGUAUGAUAGCGAGGUGAAGUCGGGCGCAGGCGGGACGAAGGGCUCGUUGAUGCUGGUGAUGGAGUGCGGCGAGAUCGGUGCGUGUUGA